UCACACCGGCGACGUCGUGACGCGCGCGCGCCUGCAGGCGCAGUACGAGCGCCUCGUCGUCGAGGGCGAGCGCGGCUCCAAGGGCCAGCGCGACCUCGUGCGCGGCGAGGUGCCCGACCCCGAGGCACACUUCUCCGUCGUCGAUGCCUUCCGCAUGCCGCGCUGGACUGGCGCUGCUCAAGUCCAUCGUGCUGCGCAACGAGAACUUCCUGCCGCCGCUCGUGGCGGGCAUUGGCGGCAAGGCGGAGCGUGCGGCAUACAUGAAGCUCACGUCGACGAAGAACCUGCUGGGCCGCCAGGGGCAGCGCUUCCUCAUCUUCGGGCGGCUGGGCACCAGUGAGGACGGGAGAUACGUGCUGGAGGACGCAGAUGGCGUCGUGGGCUUGGACUUGGAGGAUGCUAUGCCGGGCGAGGGCAUCUUCACCGAAGGCGCCUUUGUGCUGAUCGAGGGCGAGUACACCGAGGAGGAGCGGAUACGCGUCUUUGCGCUGGGACAUCCGCCGAGCGAGACGCGCGACACUGCACGGCAGAUCUGCUCGCAAAUAGACUUCCUCGGCUCCGGCGCGAUCCCAUUAGCAGACGAACCAUUGCUGAAGGAGCACGAGGCGGCGCACGACAAUUUGGCGAUGGUGUUCAUCUCUGAGCUGCACCUCGACCACGCCAAGUCGCUCGCCUCCUUCCGCGCCAUGCUGCAGGGCUACGCCGACGCGGCCUUCAUUCCCUUUGCCUUUGUGCUCUGCGGCUCCUUCAGCGCCGAGCCGCACAAGCCUGCCGCGCUGGCGCGCUACCAGGAUGCAUUCGCGGCGCUCGGCGAGCUGCUGCUCGCCUUUCCUGACAUUCUGGCGUCGUCUCACUUCAUCUUCGUGCCUUCGUCAGCCGACCCAUUCAGCACGUCGUUGCUGCCACGACAACCGCUGCCCGACCUGAUCGCCGAUCGUCUGCGCUCCAAGGUCGGACCAGCAGCCGCAGCGCGCAUGCACUUCACGUCGAACCCCACGCGCCUCGUCUACUUUGCCCAGGAGAUCGUCGUGAGCCGCGACGACACGAUGACGCGCAUGUUGCGCAACGCCGUGCGCCUUAAGGACGAGGUGGCCGAUGGCGACCUGAAGAAGUUUCUCGUCUCUACAAUUCUCGACCAGGUGCACCUGCAUCCGCUGCCGCAGAGCGCACGGCCCGUGCUGUGGGAGCACGACCAUGCGCUGCGCCUCUAUCCCAUGCCGACGGCGCUCGUGCUGGCGGACAAGUACGACCGCUUCCACCUCACGUACGAGGGCUGCCGCGUCUUCAACCCCUCGUCGUUCCGCGGCGCUUCGUUUGGCUGGACGACGUACUACCCCGGCACGCGCGUCACUGAGAGCAGCGAGCUGCCGCAAUAAGCAUACCUCUCCAUCACCUGCCCCUGCUCCCCUCAUCGGACCUUUCUCGCAUCGAGGUCCGGCUGUA